AGCGACGCUGUCACUGUUAUGGUCCUGUCAGGGCGCCGGCGUUGUGGUUUCUGGGCGGCAGCCACCGAGAGGACUUUGGUGGGGGACCCUCAGGGGCAGCCCCCCGGCCAGCUGCGCUCGUCUCCGGACUCGUUCCCAGCCUACAUAUCUCGGCUCGCGGGUCGCGCCGUCGGGCGCGCGUGCUGGUCGGUGCCGCGGCCGCCUUGGGGCCUGGGCCCAGCCACAGCCUCCUCCUCCGCCGCGGGCUCGGUGGGGCCGCGAGAUGCAGCCGCCGGGCCCUCCCCCUGCGUAUUCCCCCACUAACGGGGACUUCACCUUUGUCUCCUCAGCAGACGCGGAAGAUCUCAGUGGUUCAAUAGCAUCCCCAGAUGUCAAGUUAAACCUUGGUGGAGAUUUUAUCAAAGAGUCUACAGCUACUACAUUUCUGAGACAAAGAGGAUAUGGCUGGCUUUUGGAAGUUGAAGAUGAUGACCCUGAAGAUAACAAGCCACUCUUGGAAGAAUUGGAUAUCGACCUAAAGGAUAUUUACUACAAAAUUCGAUGUGUUUUGAUGCCAAUGCCAUCACUAGGUUUUAAUAGGCAAGUGGUGAGAGACAAUCCUGACUUUUGGGGUCCUCUGGCUGUUGUUCUUUUCUUUUCCAUGAUAUCAUUAUAUGGACAGUUUAGGGUGGUCUCAUGGAUUAUAACCAUUUGGAUAUUUGGUUCAUUAACAAUUUUCUUACUGGCCAGAGUUCUUGGUGGAGAAGUUGCAUAUGGCCAAGUUCUUGGAGUUAUAGGAUAUUCAUUACUUCCUCUCAUUGUAAUAGCCCCUAUACUUUUGGUGGUUGGAUCAUUUGAAGUGGUGUCUACACUUAUAAAACUCUUUGGUGUGUUUUGGGCUGCCUACAGUGCUGCUUCAUUGUUAGUGGGUGAAGAAUUCAAGACCAAAAAGCCUCUCCUGAUUUAUCCAAUCUUUUUAUUAUACAUUUAUUUUUUGUCCUUAUAUACUGGGGUGUGAUCUAAGUCAUAUAUGAGUAGAAAAAGACGAUGUUACCUUUCUGUGUAGGCUGGGAAUUCUUGCUUGAGGGGAUUGAAAAAAACGUAUUGCUGGUAAAAUUUUACAUGUUCCAGAUGUAAAGGCAGUCUAAGGUCUUUUUAAAACAAUAUUUUUUUUUGUAUUUAAUUAAGCAAUUGCAGUUACCUGAAUAUUUUUGGUCAGAAUUCUGAAUUCUGUUUGAUUCAUCAUAUUCCAGUGAAUAAAAUAUAAAAGCAUUGUGUUUUUAA